AUGGCUCGCUCCUCCUCGAAGUCUCGCCAAUCGCGCCAGUCCAGUGCCGCCGUCGCCAAUCACAACGACUCGAGCAACUCGAGCGACGUCGAAGAUAGCGCCGACGAGCGGGCAUUCGAGCUGCCGAGGCGCAGCAGGACGAGGAAGCACGAUCGAGCGGAGGCUGCCAACUUGUACAGUCCCGGCAGCUCCUGGAUGAGGACGACAAAGAAGGACCCGUCAAGGAAGAUUAUCUUGACGGGCGGAGCACCCUCUUAUCCGCACCAAGACGAGCGCGCGCAGCAGCCCAACGUGGUAGAAGCUCAGCCUCAUCAUUCCGACCACGGCUGGUAUCAUAGCGAUCCACAACUCGACGGCAGGCACAAGAUGAGCUGGGUUCCGGCAGUCUUUGUGAUCCUGGUGGUCAUUAUCAUCAUCGUUGUGGUUGCUGUUGUGCAGAAGUAA